AUGGGUAUUUCUCGUGAUUCUCGCCACAAGAGAGCUGCUACCGGUGCCAAGCGUGCUCAGUUCAGAAAGAAGAGAAAGUUCGAAUUGGGCCGUCAGCCAGCCAACACCAAGAUCGGCAACAAGAGAAUCCACACUGUCAGAACCAGAGGUGGUAACAAGAAGUUCAGAGCCUUGAGAAUCGAGACCGGUAACUUCGCUUGGGCCUCCGAGGGUGUCACCAGAAAGACCAGAAUCGCCGGUGUCGUCUACCACCCUUCCAACAACGAGCUGGUCAGAACUAACACUUUGACCAAGUCCGCCAUCGUCCAGAUCGACGCUACCCCAUUCAGACAAUGGUACGAGUCUCACUACGGUCAGACUUUGGGUAAGAAGAAGUCUGGUAAGGUUGAGGAGGAGAUUGUUUCUCAGUCCAAGAACGCCGAGAAGAAGUGGGCCUCCAGAGCUGCCGACGCUAAGGUCGAGCAAGCUGUCGACGCCCAGUUCGGCUCCGGUAGAUUGUACGCCUGCAUUUCUUCCAGACCAGGUCAAUCCGGCAGAUGUGACGGUUACAUCUUGGAAGGUGAAGAAUUGGCCUUCUACUUGAGAAGAUUGACUGCCAAGAAAUAA